AUGGCGUUUCCAGAUGAUGAAAAGAUGAAGGGCUGUCGUCCAAAGAUAUUCGGGGCGAAAGAUAAGAAAGCCGCGAAGAAGACAGACCGUCCAAGCUCCUCUGCUGUUAAAUCUGCACCAAGCUCCUCCAAGGCGCAAUCUUCUUCCCCAUUCAGACCACUUUCAGAAGUUAGGAGCAUGCGCGAAGUUCGGAGCAUGCGUCUGAGCCAUUUUCUAGCCCGUUCUCCAAGUGUCAUAAAAACUGAAUCUUUUAGGGUAUUUAUUUCUACAUGGAACGUUGGAGGAAACACACCUACCGCUGAGUUGAAUCUGGACGACUUCAUUCCUGCAGAUGACCACUCAGAUAUUUAUGUUUUAGGUUUUCAGGAAAUUGUCCCUCUCAAUGCUGGUAAUGUGCUUGUGAUCGAAGACAACGAACCAGCUGCAAGAUGGCUUGCUCUUAUAAACCGCACGCUAAACAGAACAGUUGACGGGGAUGCUGAUAUCUUCUGUCACAAGCCAUCUCUAUCCCUUGAUUCAACCUCUUCUCGAUCUUCAUCGAACCUUGAUGCUUCUUUCUCCAACCGCUCUGGUUCUGCAAUCUUCCAGUCCUCCUUAAAGUCUAUCAGGAAGCCUUACAUGCCAACUCAGAGAAAACUGCUCAAGAUCUGCAACUGCUCAGUUGAAAUGCCCAGGAAAUCCUACAAAGAUGCUUGCUUUGGAUGCCCACAAGCAUACAUUAAUGAGACCGACUCUUCGGAAGAAGAUGAAGUUGAUGACAGAUCAAAUAAUGCUUCUGGUUAUGUGGUUGAUGGAGUGAUUUCGUCUGCUUCUGCCUCUAGUGACCAGCUAAAAUAUAACCUCGUAUCUUGCAAACGAAUGGUUGGUAUUUUUGUUACAGUAUGGGCAAAGAAAGAACUAGUGCCGCAUAUCGGUCAUGUGAGGACAUCAUGUGUAGGCCGUGGAGUAAUGGGUUAUCUUGGAAACAAGGGAUGUAUAUCAGUGAGCAUGACACUGCACCAGACAAGCUUUUGUUUCAUCUGUAGCCAUUUGGCUUCAGGUGAGAAAGAAGGCGACGAGUUGCGGCGCAACUCAGAUGUUUUAGAGAUACUGAGGGCCACGCAGUUUCCAAGAAUUUGCAGAAGAGCUGGGCAAAGAAUCCCUGAAAAAAUUAUUGACCAUGACCGGGUGAUAUGGUUGGGGGAUCUGAACUACCGUAUUUCCUUGAGCUAUGAAGAUACCAAGAAACUUCUGACGGAAAAUAACUGGGAUGCCCUUUUUCAAAAGGAUCAACUUAACACUGAGCGCGAUUCUGGAAGGGUAUUCAGGGGUUGGAGCGAAGAGAAGAUAUAUUUUGCCCCCACAUACAAGUACACUUUUAACUCAGAUUCUUAUUCUGGAGAAACUGCAACCUCAAAGAAAAAGAGGAGAACCCCAGCCUGGUGUGAUAGAAUACUAUGGCACGGAGAUGGGAUUGCGCAGUCAUCCUACUUCCGUGGGGAGUCUAAAUUUUCUGACCAUCGUCCUGUCUGUGGAUCAUUCACUGUGGAAGUGUAUUUGCUGGACGGCAAAUCAAAGAGGCGCACAUCUAACACUAAUAUUAGAAUUGGUGCUGAAGAGCUCUUACCGACGAGUAAGAAUAAGGUGCUGGGACCAAAACCACAAAAUAAAUCGGCUCAUGUCAUGCCACUCAUGGAGGAAGGUGCUGAGGAAACUUUCUGCGGCUGCUGCUUGGAAAGCUUUGCUCCAAGCAAAGUAGAGGAAAAACGUUCGUGGGCAGCCAGGGCGGAGCUCAAGAGGUCGGCGGUCGCCGAUGACACGUCCGGCAAGAGCAAGCUCAGCGAGGUCCGCACCAGCUCCGGCACCUUCAUCGGCAAGGGCCAGGAUCCAAUUGUUGCUGGUAUAGAGGAUAAAAUUGCCGCAUGGACAUUUCUUCCAAAAGAGAACGGCGAAGAUAUGCAAGUUCUAAGAUAUAAGCGUGGUGAGAAGUAUGAACCGCACCAUGAUUUCUUCACCGACAGUGUUAACACUAUCCGUGGUGGACAUCGUGUAGCUACUGUACUCUUGUACUUGACAGACGUUGCAGAAGGAGGGGAAACGGUUUUCCCCUUAGCCAAGGCACGUAAAGGAUCACACCAUAAAGAUUUGUCAGAAUGUGCACAGAAAGGACUUGCAGUGAAACCACGAAAAGGGGACGCCCUUCUGUUCUUCAACCUUCGCCCCGACGCGGAGACAGACCCGUCGAGCCUCCAUGGCGGAUGCGAGGUCAUCAAGGGGGAGAAAUGGUCUGCCACGAAAUGGAUCCGCGUGGCCUCGUUUGACAAGGUCUAUCACAUGCCAGGCAACUGCACCGACAACAGCAACAGCUGCUCGCAGUGGGCGGCGCUGGGAGAGUGCACGAAGAACCCGGCGUACAUGGUGGGAACCGCGGCGCUGCCCGGUCACUGUAGAAGGAGCUGCAACGUGUGUUAG